CCCCCCCCCCCCCAUCCUUUUUUUUGUUAUUAUUGUUGAAUUUGUCUUUGCCACGAAAACAAUUAAAUUUCAAGUCUUAAAUAGGGAAAUAUGCAUUUCGACAACUUAUUUCGCUUAUUCUUUGGACCUUCGGAUUUUAAUGGAAGGCAAUAUGAGGAUAGUGGUGAACCAAAUGAAAACCACCCGAGUAAUAAUCCAUUUGGUGAUUCGUCUCAAUGGAAUAGUGAAUUUAAACAGCUGGAUCAAAUGAUGAUGAAACUUCUUCAGGAGAGCUUCCUAAUAUUUCGUGACCCUCCUAGAUAUCAAGAAGAAAUUAUGAUGCCUAAAGAUCCAGCAACAGGUUCUCUAAGAGAUCAAAUGCUAAAACCAGGUUUUAUUGACAAGUUACAAAAAAGUGGUUGGGAAUCAGAGAGAAGUGCAAAAACUGAUGUGGAUUUAGAUGAAAUUAUGAAGAAUGAUGGAAGUCUAAAUUCACUGGUGCCUAAAGCUAGAGAUAAUGGAAUGCACUACUCAUCCAGGUCUUCAAUGAAAUACUUCCACAGUUCUAAUGGGGCAACUGAAUCGCGGUCAACAGCGAACGAUAGAGAGGGCUGUCUCAGAGAAUUAAUCACAAGAGAAUUUAAGGGUAAAAAAUAUGUCAUGGAGAAAAGACAGUGCCCUGGAGCUCCCCCUCAAACAACUGAAACUCUAGUUAAUCUUACUAGGGAAGAAUUACCAGAGUUUUUCAAAAAUUGGAAAAUUGAUGACUCAACUGGAAACAAAGACACAUUCUGAUAUUUUAACUUGUUUUGGAGAUGGGUGGCAACCAGACCAAUGCCUAGUCCUGUUAAAAAGAAGUACUUCCACUUGUUUGACGCAGAUGUGUCUUCACCAAAUUCACUGCAGAUUUUUAUCUGUAUAAAGAAAUAGUUAUAAAUCAUCUGAUGAUAAAAUGCAAAAUAAACAAAUAAAUUACCCAGCCUCCCUGCUGCAAGAUCCAUGGAGUAAUUUUGUCAUUGAGGUAGCUUGCUAGUAUCUUGCUGAGAUUAUUAGAUGACUCGAUCUGGUCAGAAUGUAGCUGUUUGCUUAGUACCCAUGUAAAAGCGAAUAGGGUCACAAUUCUCUCCCAAAGAAUGUUGUAUCCAUUUUCAG